AUGGCAUAUGGGCGCCCUGGCAAGCGUGAAGAGAAAAAUAUGGCUUCUUACGAUACCCUACACGAUAACGAGAUAUUGGACGGAAAAAAUAUGAGUUUUCAUAUGAUCCUGGAACGAACCUUAUCUUAUUUCACACACGCAGCGUUCCGCGCAAUAACCGCAUCCCCUGCCGCGUUUGCUAUUAAGCCCGGAACUUUGGCUGCCCUUGGCCCUUCGCUCCUGAGAUUGAGCGGCCAGUCUACCAAAGUAGCUUUCCAGCAGCGAUGGAAUUGGAAUUCUUCUUCAAAUGGUAGCGAACCAUACGACCGGAGGAGCUUCCAACAGACCGAUCGUCGAAAUGAGAGUCAAAAAGAGAGAGAGCCGCUGUCAAUCAAACCAAACGAAACGAUCUACGUUGGCAACCUCUUUUUCGAAGUUACCGCUGAGGAUUUGAAACGUGAUAUGGCAAAAUUCGGAAGUAUCUACUCCUUCGACUCCGUUGAAGCUGCUGAGGCAGCAAUUUCCGAGAUGAAUAUGUCCAUCUAUGAAGGACGCAGAAUUGUUGUUAACUAUUCGACCCGCAAUAGCGCGGCGCCGAGAACACGCUCUAGCGAACCGACCAAAACCCUUUUCAUUGGAAACCUGUCCUUCGAAAUGACUGAUCGCGAAUUGAAUGAUCUCUUCAGAGAUAUUCCUAAUGUUGACGAUGUUCGCGUCUCAGUCGACAAGAGAACCGGUAGACCCCGUGGAUUCGCGCAUGCUGACUUUUUGGACGUUGAGAGCGCCAAGGCUGCAAUGGAAAUUCUCAAGGAGAAAGCGCCUUAUGGACGUCCCCUUCGACUUGACUACAGCCUCAACACCAAGGAUAUGUUGGCUAGCCAAAAUAGAGGCUCGCGAUUCUCAAGCUCUAACCCCGACGAGCCACUCCAGGCGGAGACCACCGAAACUGCAAACGUCACUUCUGAACCCGCACGGUAG